AUGGCCAACGUCGGCAGAUCUCGUCCAGUUUCGUCGACCGAAGAGGCACUUUUCUACAUUAUUCUUGGAUUCCUACUGAUUGCUCUAACCACAGUGAGUUUCUCAAUUGACACUUUUUCAAUGUGCUCAACAACAAGAACUGUGAGCUAUAACCUUUCAGAUGUUCGCCAUUUAUCGUGGCUGCACAUACCUGUUGGCUCGUAAGAAAUCCAAGCAAAUGGGACCAAUAACCGGCGUGCGUAUCGUUCCCGAAUGGCUACGCGCGACAAAUUCCAAUCUACGUGAGCCGAUUUCCGUGGGAAUCGUGAAGUUCUAUCCGAGAACGUACGAACAACGAUUCGAGUGGGAGACGACGCGCGCGCGGACGUUCAAAAAAGAGCGCAACAAGUCGGCGCACGUCAAAAUACGCAAAAUACUUGAAAAACUCUACACGGACGUUCGCAUCGUCCCGCCCGACACUGCGAUCGUGCAAAUUCCGAUGGACAACUUUCGGUGCGGACGGGGCUUCAAUGAUUUUGAGCCCGUCGUCGACGAGCCGUCUUCCGGAUGCGCGUACAGCUAUCAAAUGUUCGGCGCCGACGCGAUUCAGGCGACGUUUUAUGAAAAAGAUGGUCGGCGAUGCGUUGCCGGGAUUUGUAUCUAUGUUCCGGACCCGUACGCGUGGAGUGUUCACUGGCAAACUUCGAUCGUUUUGCGAUUGGUCAAUUGGUAG